UUUCGUUCAGAAGAGCAAGACAGAGCGGACGAGCAGCAUAGUAUUUUCAUAGUGAUCAUAAAACUGCAGCGCGUGAUGACACUGAUCACUUUAAAUAUAGUUUUGAACAUAUAAUAAUGCUUACGAUUCUAAUUACGAAGAUGAAACACGCAAGAGUGCAGAUGGGACGUUUCAUCCUCUUCAGUCAAUUUUUUCUAAUUAUUUUAUCACCAUUGUGUGCAGCUUUUGAAGGUGUGGCACCGAAUAUAGGUUUAAACAUCCCGAACAACCUGUUAGUAUGUUACGAAAACAAGACCCUUUACAACCGGGCGUCGCGACUUCCGUCCACCAUGAGCUCUUUGAUCGCGAUGAUCGCUAAAAUCGAGCGAGCCGGCGGACUAAAUAUGGACAUGCGAUCCCUCACGGCGGCGCUUCUCUAUCAAUAUCGCGUCGACGGAAUCCAGCGAGCGCCCGAAAUCCCCUGGACGCCCGGCGUCAUUCCCUUCAAAGCGAGUGGACGACAGUACCCGAAAUUCAAGGUACUCAAGGAAAACCUCAUUUCACCUGGAAACUACCUGCCGGAUGAGGGUCUAUACGAUUUUGAAAAGUGCACGUUGCACUUCAUGUUGUCCAGUUCAGUAAGCCCUUGGGAGCGGGGCGACGAAUUUGAGAUUUGCCCGGAACAAAUUGGCGGCCGAAACAUUGGAGUGAACGCGGACGUGAAGCAGAACGCGCGGCCCCGCAACAGGAACAGGUCUUGGAGCGAAUGGCGCGACGACGAGGACGAAGAAAAGGACGCGUCGCCUUUGAGUGCCACCGUGAGUCGGUGUCCCAUCGAGAACGGGGUCGUGUGGACCCCCUGGGGCAACGUCAACGCCGGCACCGUGCUCGCCUCAAUAGCCGCCGCCCUGCAGCGGCAAAGGGUGCCGCUUUCCAUGCUCAUGGACCACGUGGCCUCAGGCGAGGAACAUUCGGAGGCGCUCGACAACAAAUGGGCUGCGUCUCUCGCAGGGGACCUGGCUGAAGUGGCAGUUUAUCAAGGUCCGAGAGCCUUAACGUUUGACAAAAUGAGAAUGGGUCCUGGAGGAAAGUGGAACGAUUCUGCCAUCCCAAGGGCUCUUUACAUGGACCCAUGGAUGGGCGUUCAAAACGGAUGGGAACGGGAGAGCUGGGAUUUGACAGAAUCUGAACUGCUCGGAGGAAUUGAUGGGAUAAUUCUUGGUGAAAAUUUACCGCGGUGGUUGGAGGUGCAGAGCAAGUUGCGGCUGUCGCAGGUGCUGGAAAUGUACUACUCGGAGCGAGGCGUUUGUUUCGACGCGGAGAUCAAAGCGUGCCGACGGCAGGAACUUUACAAGCAAUACAUUUCCUUUGACAAACUCAACGAACAGACCGAGAGUUUUGUGUCCGUGUUGUACAACCACAUCAACGUCGUCCCCAUGGACCAGAGUACUUUGAAGAAAUUCGCGAACGACGCCGUCAAAGCGGGCGUUCGCUUUACUGAAAACGUCAUGAUCAAAGACUCGGAGUACUUUUCAUGUCCCGAAGUGCCACUUCCAAUUCCUCGGGUGGAAGCUGUGCUAGUUUUGGACGGAACGUGGACCAAGUGGGAGGCGCAAAGGGUCAUUGGAGUUGUGGACAGACACAUCGACGUUUCCGAGUUUGGCAGUGCGAUCGCUGUUAUGAACGGGUACACGGGAGAAAUGAUGGUGAAUUUCACCAGGCUCUCCACAUAUUCAGUCUUGAGAGCGCAAAAUGCAACAAAUUGGCCUAAUGGUCUUGAUUUGGAAAAGACUAUUCGCGAGUUGAAGAGGACGCUCUUGUACCGACGAGCAGUACAGGCCAGGGUCGGACAAAACGUGGCCGCCGCGAGUCGCGGAACGGCCGUUGUCGUUUUGGCGCCGACGGCCACCAUGAGUCAAGCAGUUAUGGAUAACGCCAGAGAGGAACACAGAAUUUUCAAAGCCAUUUUGCCAGACGUCAAGUUUUUCUUUGUGACGUCGCGGAAUAAAGAGGACUUUUCAACAUUUGUGGACGACCCAAUGAAUGACGUGAUCCAAGUUUCAAACCCAGACAUGGAAAACUACAUGCCAAAAUUAAUUGAAAGAUUGCGAGCAGUUCCGGGACGUAUUUUGCCUCCUAUGUGUCCAUCGUUAGUUAAGGAUGCAUUUCUCGGCCAAGCUUUGAAGGAAUGGAUGCCGGUUGAGCCAAAAGGACCAGGAUUUGAAGAUUAUGUUUCUGUCGACGACCCUCGCAUCUACUGCAUCCCAAGGGAGCAACUUGUGGGGACAAACAAAAUUAGCGUAACAUUUAAAAAUUCCAACUACGGUGACCUGGUGGUUUGCAUUUCUCGGACGCAGCCGUUGGUUGAAAGGGACAUGCCUCCUAUGACAGCCUUGGACAGUGGCCCCGAGGCCGAGGGCAGGAGUUUGGGCGACGAAGUGCAAGACCGGUGUCAGCCGCUCCCUGCCAACAAGGAAUUCACCUUCCGCAUUUCGCAGCCGUGCUUUGACUGGAGCUUGGAGGCGUGCAAGCCAAUUUACUUUUUACUCAGAGUCCAAGCCACAGACACAAGUUGUUUGGAAAAAGACUGUCGAUUCCCAAACCAAGUGAGAUUCUCUAUGCAUCACUUUGGACUGAGGCCUUUGCCAGGGUGCCCUUGGAUCGGAAACUCUGCGUUCUCCAUCACACCAACAAAAUUUUGCAUAACAUUUAUUUUAAUUCUCCUACUUCUUCUUUCGUAGAUAAUAGAGUAUAUUUUGUUAAAUAAAAGAUGAAAUAUGCCCACUGAAUAAAAUGAAAUUUUGUCUUACAGA